ACUGAGCGAAAGAAAGGAACUAUGCGCCAAGCCUUUCUUUUUACUCAGGUGGGCUUAAUUCUGUUAUUACAAAGUGACAGAAAGCGACAGACUCCCCAUUGCGAUAUUCAUAUCAGGAUUAACUCUGGUUUGAGAAGGGGUGACAUCAAUAUUUAAUGCGUGACCCAUAUUAGAGAGACAACGAGACAGAGUCCAGCAGCUGUUCGGCUGAGCUUCGGUUGAAGUGGUGGCGGUCCCUGCAUGCGUCGCAUUCCGAUGCUGAGACGGUUCAUUUUCCUCGCGCGGAGAGCGUGUAAAAGAAAGGGAGUGUCGCGUGCUGUUGGAUUUUCUUCCGCUUUCAUCCAUAAUCACGAGAAGUGCCCACGGAGACUCAAAGCUGACAGCGCUGCGUUCAGUAAAGAAGACUCUGUAGAAGUUCUGUACUCCUGCUGCGCUCUCGAACGGACCAGCCAGCUUGGUGACUGAGGAAAGGACUGGCACCGCUCCCGCUGGCCUGCAGGAGGCGAUGUUGGACAUGACCGUGCCCUCAGCCCAGGAGUUCCGCUGGCAGAGCCUGGCGCGUCUGUCCAGCGGGCGCGUCUACCACUCCCUGGCGGAGGUCGGCGGGCAGCUGUACGUUCUGGGGGGGUGCGAUGCGGCCGGGCGCCCCUCCAGCACCCUGGAGCUCUACUCGCCCGAGGUGGACCAGUGGGUGAGCCUGCCCCCCAUACCACUGGCCAGGGCUGGGGCCGGCGUGGUCACGCUGGGCAAGCAACUGCUGGUGGUGGGAGGCGUGGGGAGAGACCAACGCCCCCUGAAGGCAGUGGAGGUGUACAACACGGACGAUGGGAAAUGGAUGAAGAGGAGCUCACUGAAGGAGGCCAUCAUGGGCGUGGCUGUCACCGUCAAAGAUGGCAGGGCAUUUGCGGUCGGUGGAAUGGGUUCUGACCUGUUGCCCCGGAGCAUCCUACAGCAGUAUGACCCAAGGAAGGACAUGUGGGCCCUGUUGCCGCCGAUGCCCACCCCUCGCUAUGAUGCCAACAUCAACCUGCAUGGCUCCAAGCUCUACGUAGCAGGCGGCCGCCAGUGUAAACGCUCACUCAAAGCCUUUGAGGUGUUUGAUAUGGAGAGCCGCGUGUGGAGCAUCCUGCCCGCUCUGCCCUGUAAGAGGUCGUACUCGGGCGUGCUGUGGGACGCCAGCGGCCGCCUCUGCUGGCUCGGGGGGCUGAGGCAGGGGGGCAUGCACCAGCGCUCCAAGUUCACCAACAACGUCAACAUAUACAGCCCCAGUGAGGGGUCGUGGCUGAAACCGGACGACACUGUUCCCUUGAAGACCAAACGAGCAGAUUUUGCAGCUGCCAUCUUAGGCGGCAGGAUGGUUGUAGCAGGUGGUCUAGGCCACCAGCCCUCCGUCCUGGACACGGCCGAAGCAUUCCAUCCACAGAAGAAGAAAUGGGAGCCUAUCGCUCCGAUGGCCUCUCCCCGUUGCUCGGCAUCCUUCAUUGUCAUCCGCGAUCGCCUGUUUGUAGUGGGCGGCGUCAAUCAGAUUCCCAGCCCAGCUCAUGAGGUGCUGUAUAUAAAGGAGAAGGAGUGCCUGUAGCACACACAAAAUUGCAGUAUAAUAUUUUCAAAGCGUUAGCUCCCCCUACAGGCCACGCUUUCACAGCACAGUCAGACCUUCAGCGCCAUCUGCAGGCUCACUUGUGAGAACCGGUUGCAAGCUGUAGCCGUAUGGAACGUAGCUGUCAAAUUUGAGCAGUAGGAAGCCUUAACCAAUAGCCAAAGACUGGCAAAACUACAAUCACAUCAGACCGUGUCCCCACAGCAUAAAAAAGUCAUGACUAUCAGUACAUACUAUAAACAAGACUGUAAAUAGUAAUCCAUUCACAUAUGCAGAUUUUUACAUUAUUUGAGGAGCUGGUUUUCUCUGUAGAUAACUCACUUAUUCAGGAAUACAGGAUGCAUUCAGUGCAAAGUGUCUUUAAAUGUGUUAACUUUUCAGCUUUCACAACGUGCACCUUGUGAAGACUGCGCUGGUGUCAGUAUUCUUGUAGCAGAAUGCACUUAAGUUUUAUGUCAUUUAUCAGCAAACCAUUGUGGAUAAGUGUGUGUUUAAACAGUGGAGAUAAUAAUGGGAGGUGAAGGUCAUUCAGCAGAGAAAUGCCAUAAACAAAUUGUAUUUUUACAACAACAGUUAAAGUGCCAUUUGACAGACACAGUGAAUAACUGGCUGACAUUUAUUCUCUCAUGAAACUGAAAUUCAGAUACUAAAUAAAUGCAGUCUAAUACAGCGUUUUUUAUUUCAUGCCACCCUUGGGGUUUCAACGUUAAGAGCACAACCAUUGCGACAAUUUCUGGUAUGUAGUAAACAUUUUUGUCGUAGUUCAAAGCAAAAAAUAAUAGUAAGGAGGAUAUAAUAUAAAUGAUGCAGUAUCCCCAGGGUGAUUGCAUAUUGCUAGACAUGAUAUUUUUAGCUGUGUUAAAUUUAAUGUAUAGAAUUAGAUAUCUUUGGAAACUGCACCACCAAAAGGCCAUCAAGAGCAAAACACAGCAUGCUUAUGUCAUGACUUAGUCAAUAGAAUUUAUGCUCUGCCAUUGUGGAUUGCAUGUUUAAUGAAACAAAAUACCCAUUUUACUUUUUUAGUUAAGUUGUGCAAUUUGCAUUGCUGUCAGAUAAUUAGGACAAUACAGUAUAAUGUUUAUGAUGUUUUUUAGGAAAUAGUAUGUCGGAAGGGCAGUUUGUGCAAUACACUGUUGCAGUACCAUUUUGAUAUGGCAUUGUCAUAGGGCUAUACCUAAUACUUGCAUAGAAGUAAUGCAGAGGAGGAGAGAUAUAAUUGUCCUUGUUAUUGUUUAAUGUAUGAAUAGCUGGUCUUUGUUAUGGUCUUUUUAACGAUUCUGUAGCAUGUGUCAAGGACAUGCAGUAAAAAAGCCAUAAUUACCACCAUGGUCUUGGAGCAGGUACACCCCCCUCACUAGCACCUGUGGUUUUAAUGUCAACCAAUUAAACAUUUUCUGAAGAAAUACA